AGAACAACUUAGAGAACACUGUGGCGGGUCCCAGGAACUAAAAGGUUAACGUUGCCAUACUUGCACCAAACCAUGCGCGUGGUUGUAUCACUAGUAUUCCUUCUGGCAGCCUGCUGGGCCGAACCAUUUCAGCAGUAUGAAUUCCUUGAUUUUCUGAAGGAAGAUGAAGGAUCUGCCUUCAUCCCCACUGAAGAGCCUAUUCUACCUGGACAGAUGUGCCCUUUUGGCUGCCAGUGUCACUUGAGAGUUGUGCAAUGCUCUGACUUAGGUAAGACUUCGGUGCCAGAGAACAUCCCUGCUGACACCACCCUGCUUGACUUACAAAACAAUAAAAUCACAGAAAUAAAAGAAAAUGACUUCAAGAACCUUCGGAACCUACAUGCCUUGAUCCUUGUUAACAACAAAAUUAACAUCAUCCAUCCCAAAGCCUUCGUUCCUCUGGUCAAGCUGGAAAGACUGUACCUGUCAAAGAAUCUGUUGAAAGAAAUCCCAACAAACAUGCCCAGGUCACUACAAGAACUGCGUAUCCAUGAGAAUGAAAUCACCAAGGUGAAGAAACAUGCCUUUGACGGCCUCACACAGGUGUACGCCUUAGAAAUGGGCAACAACCCACUGAAAAAUUCCGGGAUUGAUAGCGGAGCUUUCCAUGGGCUGAAAAAACUCUCCUUCAUCCGACUUUCUGAAGCUGCUCUCACUGCUAUUCCUAAAGGUCUCCCAUCUUCUCUCUCUGAAAUCCAUCUCGAUGGCAAUAAAAUCACUCAACUUAAAGCUGAUUCCCUCAAGGGUCUGAACCACUUAGUCAGGCUGGGGUUGAGCCACAAUGAGAUCACUUCUGUUGACAAUGGGACCCUGGAACAUGUUCCACACCUGAGAGAACUCCACCUUGACAACAAUGCACUCGUCAAAGUACCGGGCGGAUUACCUGACCACAGAUACAUUCAGGUUAUUUACCUCCAUAGCAAUCGCAUCGCUGCUGUGGGUAUUAAUGACUUCUGUGCUCGUGGCUACAACACAAAGAAGACUCUGUAUUCUGGAAUAAGUCUCUUUAAUAACCCUGUUCCGUACUGGGAAGUUCAACCAAUAACCUUCCGCUGCGUAACGGACCGUAGAGCUAUCCAGCUUGGAAAUUUCAAGUAAAACCUUCACAAUCUGUAAGAAGACAAUGUUUGCAUUUAGUGUUGAACAUCUUUCAUGCAGUAAAGACUCUCAAGAACUACUCAAAGGCAUAAACAUGCAGUCAACUGUAGCUGACUAAAAAUGCUGCAAACAUAUCUUCAUUAUUCUGACCAUCACUAUAGAAACAAACAUAUCAUGCAUUACAGCCAGUCAGCUCAGUAAUUUAUUAUCUAUUGUCAUGGAAACUGUAGUAUCUUAUUCUGUGACUCCCAUUCCUGUCAACUGUUUAUUCCUUCUUCUCUGCUUCUUUUAAUAUCCUUUUAAAAUUCUCAGCAAUUUUUUAAAAAAAGAUAGCAAUUGCCAGUUAAAACAAUUUUGACCAAAUUCACGCGAAAAAAAAACACCACAAGAGUAAUUCUCCUUGUUCCUAUUUUGCAAUGAACUUUUGGAUUGUUGAUUGACAAAUUUCCCAAGUUCUGUAAACUGUAUGCAUUGUGACCAGCAUGUUCGCCCCACACUGACUAAAGUGAUGACUAAGCAAAAUUGUCUGCUGUAGGCCUGUGUGUUUUUUAUUUUUUUCUAAAAAGAGGGAUUUUUAUGUUUUUAUGUUCAACAUCUUCUAGACACAUGUACAUGUCCUGUUACUUAACAGUGUGGAGCUUUACAGUUUAGACUUGUAUAUCUGUAGGAAUGUAGACCUGUAACCUAAUUGCAAUAUCAAACAUUCUAUAAAACGUUAAGCUCCCAAGUACUUUGUUGCUGCAGGGUUAUAAAACUUGAAAGUGCUUUGGAUAAAUAAUCAAAAUAAACAUACUGUAUUG